AUGAGGGCGAACGAUUCCUCCCACAACUUAAGCAGUCCCUGCUCUACAAACGAGAUAGGAUCUGUCAAUGGAUCUCCGGAUACAAAGCUUACGGCAUACUCCCCUGAAGAUAUGCGAUCCAAGUGUCUCUCUGAGUCCCGUGUUGGUGAUCCAUUAAGCGACGCUGGGAUCCUGAAACUUUACUCAACUAAGAAGUACAGGUCUUCUGAUCCUUUCCUGGUAUCGACGAGCACUUCUACCCGUGCGCAGCUCUCUCCAACAGCUGCAAGCUUCACACCGAUUGGGAUGACAGGCAGCAUGCCAAUUGGGAGUCAAACUUUGUCUCUCCCUCGAGGCUUUCCUGGUGUUAAUUACUUGACUGCUAACUCAGAUGUCGAGCCAAGUGAAGGAACCAAAGGGCAUCUACAAGCCCCAGACAGAAACCCAUCAAACUAUGGAAUUAUUGGAAACAGUCAAGCUGAAUUGCAACAUCGACCUUUCACCACAAUCUACGAAACAUUUGAUACUGAGAGACGAAACCGGGCAUUAGUCAUUGAGAAUGUGCCAAAAAAUCUCACAUACAUGUCCUUGGCCGGAUUUUUUAACCGUCGCGAGUUUGGCUCUCUCAGAGGCCCUUUGCUUUCAGAGCUUAAUUCGAUGGGCAAGGUAUAUGUUGCGUUCACUGACAGCCGUGAAGCGACGAAGGCGAUUGAAAAGGUUAAAAUCCUCAGGCCUGAAUGGCACGUUUCUCCCAUUGCUCCCAAGGAAUAUGUGCAGCAUGUUGAGCCUUCUCUUCUGCCACAAACAUCCGACUACGAGGGCCAGUUGCUUGUGACAGUCUACUAUGACGGGCGAAACCCUAAUCUCAAUCAACACGCUGUUGGCCGCUCCCUCGAAACCCUUGCUAUGACAUUUGGCGAUAUAAAGUCCUUUACCCCCCUACCAAUUGGCCAAGAAGGCAUAUGCGAGUUCCAUAUCGAGUACUUCAAUACUCGUGAUGCCGAGAAUUUUAUGACUACUCUCAAUGGGACUUCGGUUGAUGACUGCAUCCUGGAAAUCUCGUUAUUCAGGCCGGAUUUGGAAGAGAGAAAAGGUCCUACUAGUGCAACUCCCUCAAGAGAAGAAUACCCCCCACAUGAGACUUCUUUCAAUAAGAACGCUUCCUGGGCUUCGAGUCGACCCAGCCGAGCAUCUUAUAUGGAGCUCAGUCCUACCGGUCGCUCUACAGUUCCAUCUGGUGAGCAUGCUAGUCUCAUGGACUGGAUGUCAAGGGCUGGAGAAAGGAUCUUGCCUUCACCACGCCGCGAACUCAGCCGCUAUCCUGAUCUACGCAUGGGCAGCCAAAAUGCAGUUGAUAUAGAGCGCAUCCGGCUGGGCUUAGAUGUCAGAACUACGAUAAUGCUUCGUAAUAUCCCGAACAAGAUUGAUCAAGCUAUGUUGAAGGCUAUUGUGGAUGAGACAAGCCAUGGGAAAUACGAUUUUAUGUAUCUACGAAUUGAUUUUGCAAACAAUUGCAAUGUCGGAUACGCCUUCAUAAAUUUUGAGGAUCCAAUUGAUAUUAUUGAUUUUGUUAAUGCGAGAGCGGGACGAACCUGGAAUUGUUUUAACAGUGACAAGGUGGCCGAGAUAUCUUAUGCCACUAUUCAAGGGAAGGAUUGCUUGGUGCAAAAGUUUCGAAACAGCUCUGUCAUGCUAGAACAUCCGUCUUUCCGACCAAAGAUUUUCCAUACUGGAACUGGCCCUCUCGCUGGCACCGAGGAUCGCUUUCCCGGGCCAGACAACCCUUCGAAAAUGCGCAGGAGCAUUGAAAAUGCAGAACAUGUUGGGCUCUUUGCACCCCGCGUGGGCCAGCAAUACCGUGACGAGCAGCGCCGACGCCGUUCUCAGUUCGACCGUGGAACGACUGCCGCUGAGCGCGAAAUAGUCUACGUUCGAACGUUCGCACCGAGACGCCCCUAUGGUGUUGGUAACGGCCUCAGGAGCGCCCCUUGUACUUAUCCUGGCAUGAAAAUCUGGUACGACUCAACGCACAGAAACAGAUAACGAAUUUCUUGACUUACUAUAGUUCUCAAGGACUGCUUCCGAUCAGGCCACCCCU